AUGCUACACGAACAACAGAAGAAACUACUGGAUAUUAGGUAUACUUUCGACUUGAUUAUGCUAUCAAUUGGCUUACGUUGAAAAAGAUUGAUUCAGCUAUACCUCUCUGGUUAUGUAUUUUAUAUAAUAAUUAUGUGUUUUAUUUUCCCAUUUUAGGAAAGAAAUUCAACAGAUUAACUGGCAAAGAAAAAGUGAACAAGUAAGCUCUCCUAACCAUGGCUUCAUUGUUAUCAUUCUUUUUAAAACGCAUUCCUUAUUUAAGUUAUUUUCACAUUACUUUAGAUAACUGCUGGAAAGGAUUUACGUAAUUUAGAGCAAAGGUACGUGUGAAGAUAUACCAACAACGUAAUUUAAAUACAUUGUAUUUGUUUUUUUCUGCAUAUUUUUGGCAUAAAGUUUAAAAUUAAAGUCCAACGACUUUGUUUUAUUUUAAAUCAGUUGGAUAGGCCUGGUAAGCAAGAACUACGAAAUCGAGAGAGCAUGCGCAGACCUAGAAGCAGAAAUCGAAAAAAUGCAGACAGAAGCUUAA